AUGUACAUCCCAGAUUUAGUGUCAUCCUUGUUAUUCACCCUGCAAGCCCUCUUUAGGCUUCCGACCCCUUUGGAAAAUGCCGCGUCGCUUCCCGACUCGCAGCUCCCCUUGGUGAUAUGGCACGGAUUGGGCGACACCUACAACUCUGACUCCAUGCAAGGCGUUAUAGACGUAAUCCAUAGGGAGAUUCCAAACUUAUACGUCCACUCGGUGUACGUAAACGAAGAUGGAGGCAAGGAUGAAGAAGCUGGCUUCUUUGGCGAUGCCAGUGCCCAGAUCGAGCUUGUGUGUCAGCAGCUACUUAACGAUACUAAGCUUUCCAGAGGCUUCAACGCCAUCGGAUUUUCCCAGGGCGGUUUGUUUUUGCGAGCUGUUUUGGAAAAAUGUGGCCCAGAAAGUACUGCUGACGGAAGUGAUACCAUUAGCAUCAAAAACCUCAUCACGUUUGGGUCGCCCCAUUUAGGUGUUUCGGACUUGCCCACGCCCGCGUGUGGCUCCUUUGAUUGGGCCUGUCGCCAGAGAAACAGAUUGUUAAAGUCGCAGGUCUGGAAUUCCAGAGUGCAACACCAGGUUGUUCCAGCACAGUACUUCCGUGCGUUCAACGAAAACUACGAAAAGUACUUGGAAAACUCCCGCUUCUUGGUGUUUGUGAACAACGAGGUGGAGCACGAGAAAACGGAUACGUUCCGUGCUAACUUUGGCACAUUGAACAACCUUGUGCUCGUACAGUUUGCAAACGAUACAGUGUUGGUGCCUAAGGAGUCGGCGUGGUUUAUGGGCGACAGGGAUGAGGAAAACCAGCUCUACGCGUUUGACAAGACACCAAUCUAUGUGGAUAAUCUCGUUGGGUUGAAGAAGUUGCACCUAGAAAGCAGAAUCCAGUUUCACGUGACUGAGGGCGAGCAUAUGCGUAUUGGUGAUGAUUUCUUGAUUGAGAUUGCCAGAAAGUAUUUAUGA